AUGGCAUCUUCCCAGACUACCUACCCUGGAAUGCAUGGCAUUCCGAAUCCUUACCCACCAACAAGAUCCAUGGCUUCUCAUCCUCAACCACCUCUGGAUUUUUUAAACGUAAGAAACCAAGUACAGACUGGGCAAGUUUCCUUCAUUACAUCACCAGGAAUCUUCCCUAACAAACAGCUGGGUCGAGAAAAUGUGCCAGCGGUAAAUCCAGCUCUAGGAGCAGCAAUAAGCAAUGUUAAAGAUGCAGCAAUAGCACUUGGGUUCAUUGCUUCUGGCUCACUUUCCAUAUCAGCGUUCAAGGAGUUCUCUCACUGUCUGAUGAAGAGCACCCUGACAAUAAACAUUUUUAGCACCGUCUUUGCCUUUGUUGGAGUGAUUCUGUUUCUAUGUGAUCUGAACAUCAAUGGCCACUAUUAUCAAGACUACUGGAUGGUACUUUCUGGGAGAGGAAUUUCAGGUGUGCUGGCAAUGUUUUCCUUGUUGGAAUUCAGCAUAGGAUGGGUCAUGGCCUACUUUGCACACCAAGCUAUCCUCCGAUGCAACAGAUCUGUCGCGGUUGCUCCAGCUGUGUAUGCGGCCAACCCCUUGAUGCAAGAGUCUCCCUCAGCUCCUCCUAUAUAUGACAACAUCCCAGAUUAUGCUCCUACGCAAUAA